AUGGAUAAGGAGACCCCUCACGAGGCAGCAGACAUGCUCGGCCUCGGAUUCUCAAUAUGCUGCCGCCUCGCCGAUGAAUUCCUCGCCUCCCACCCAAAAUCCCAAUCCCUCACAAUAAUCUUCACAACCCGAAGCGCCCGCAAAGCUGAAGACACCCAUCGCCGACUCGAAGCUCACCUCCGCUCAAGCGCAACCUCCCCAUCCGCCGCAGCACGCGUCCACUUCAUCAACGAAAGCGUCGACCUCGGCAACCUCCUCUCAGUCCGCGAACUGUCGCGCAAAUUAAUCCGCACCUUCCCAAGACUCGACUCAAUUAUCCUAAACGCCGGUCUAGGCGGCUGGUCCGGACUCGACUGGCCAGGCGCAAUCUGGGGCGUGUGCACCGACCUCGUCCACCAAGUAACAUGGCCGACGUUCAAAAUCGCACCCGUCGGCGUGCUCACCGACAAGCAAACAACCCUUCCCGAGGAACCGCCUCUCGGCGCGGUAUUCUGCGCAAACGUCUUUGGCCAUUACAUGCUGGCGCAUAAUGUAGCGCCGUUAUUGAAGCGCGCUCGCAUUCACGGACCCGGGCGUGUAGUCUGGGUUUCCAGUCUCGAGGCCACGAUCAAGAUGUUCAAGGUCGAUGAUAUCCAGGCGUUGAAGUCGUCCACUCCGUACGAGUCUUCCAAGGCUCUUACUGAUAUCUUGGCUUUGACGUCUAACUUGCAGUGUACGGCUCCGUGGGCCGUGGAUGGAUUCUUGGAGUCGGAGACGGAGGUUGAAACGCACGCUAUUCAUACCGAUCCGCCUACUGCUGAGCCGCGCUCGUAUCUCUCGCAUCCUGGUAUCUGCGGUACGGCUAUUAUCCCUCUUCCCCUUCCUCUUGUUUAUUGUAUGUGCAUUGCUUUCUGGCUUGCCCGUAUGCUGGGCUCGCCGUGGCAUAAUCUGUCGACAUAUCUGGGUGCUUGUGCACCGGUUUUCCUUGCGCUUGGAACGCAGGAAGAGGUGGACGCUGCUGAGGCGCCGUAUCAUCUGUCUAGUGGUGGUCGAGUGAAAUGGGGCUCAUCUUGCACGCGGUCUGGGGUUGAUAGUAUUGCUUCUACUGAGCUUGAUGGGUGGGGGCAUGGAGGUGUUGUUGGGAAGUUUGUUAGUGAGAGUGAUCGAGUCCGGCGGCGUAAGCGUGGCGCAGUGGACUUGACUCUGGAACAGAAAGAGGAGUUUGAGGAACUCGGACGCCAGUGUUGGAAGCAGAUGGAAGAGCUGCGUGUUCAAUGGGAUGAGAUCCUGGAUCAAGCUGAAGCUAGCUCAUAG